AUGUACACAGAUAGUCAAAUAGUCCUGGGCUAUAUCUUCAAUUCGACUAGGCGCUUCUAUGUGUACGUCGCCAACCGCAUCCAGAGGAUAAGAAACUCUACUCAACCCGAGCAGUGGACAUAUAUCAACACAAAUCUUAACCCGGCUGAUGAAGGGACUCGAUCGAUCCCAGCUUCACGGAUGCCAAAGAGCCUUUGGUUGAAUGGGCCAGAAUUUCUUAAGGAGUGCCCAGAUGUAAUCUGCAACAACCCACAGGUAGAGUUCCCACUCAUUGACGCGUCAUCAGACAAAGAGAUUCGGCCGGAGAUACAAGUGGCCAAAAGUUCUGUAUCAGACCAAGAACCCUUCGACGCUACUACACUCUUUGAAAAAUACUCAGAAUCAUUCAAAUCUUCCUACAAAGCCUGCAAAGGCUGGCAUAAGUGUUCGGAACACAAAGAACAAAGCGCAAAGGAAGAGGCAACACGUUUCAUUCUCCUCCAUGUCCAGAGGAAACACUUUGCUAAUGAAAUCGAAUGCCUUAGAGUUCAUAGGAAACUUCCACGGGACAGUUCCAUACUCACCUUGACUCCCUUCCUCGACAGUCAUGGGCUACUUCGCGUAGGAGGUAGAUUAAACAAAGCUCCCAGAUCCUGCCAGGCAGAUAACCACAAUCCAAUUAUCAUCCCGAAAAGGUGUCACAUCGGUCUCCUCAUAGUCCGCCGCUGUCAUGUUAAAGUUCAGCACCAGGGCAGACAUCUUACAGAAGGGUCAGUUAUGUCUUCAGGGUACUGGAUCUUGGGCAGAAAGAGGCUGAUCUCUUCGUACAUCCACGAGUGCGUUACCUGCCGUAGACUCAGAGGCAAACUAGGAACUCAGAAAAUGACUGAUCUCACUGUCGCUCGCAUAACGCCAUUCGCUCCAUUCACCUACGUUGGCGUGGACGCAUUCGGACCUUGGCAGGUGACAACCAGGAGAGCCAGGGGAGGCGCUGCUAAUUCUUAG